UAACACUUUUCCCUUUCAUACUUCACACCUUUAUACAACAUUUUAAUGUUCAACGUUUACCUGUGUGUGAUCCUCUCUUUCUACUUCAUCACUGACUCUCAAAGCCCUAAUUCCGAGGACUCCCGAGUUUUGCAAAUUUUGCUGUCCACCGUCAACUGGAAAUUCCAUUCUCCGAUUCAGUUUGCAUUUUGAAAAUUCCGGUGUUCCAGAGAUCCCAAGGACAGAAGACGAAGCUACGCUUACGAUAUGCUUGGUGGAUUGUAUGGAGACCUCCCUCCGCCUUCUUCGGCAGAGGAAGACAAGCCCAGCAAUUCUACCGUCUGGUCGAGUAGUACAAAAAUGGCGCCGCCUACCCUACGUAAACCAUCUUCCGUCUUCGCGCCGCCAACUGUUCUCAGAUCUCAAAGCAAAGUAAAACCAGCCACCUCGACGCACCCGAAGGCUUCGGUGGAGCCAUCUCAGCCGAUUCUGGCUGAGGCCAUUACGCAACCGGCAUUGGUGGCCGUGACGUCGACAGUUAUAGAAGAGUAUGAUCCAGCAAGGCCGAAUGACUACGAGGAGUAUAGGGUGGAGAAGAAGAGGAAGGCCAUGGAGGCUGAGAUGAGGAAGGAGCUUGAGAGGCGUAGGCAAGAGGAGGAAGAGAGGGAAAAAAAAGAGCGAGAGGAGCGAGAAAGAGAAUAUUCCGAUUCCAGGUUAAAUAUUUCAGGGGAGGAAGCUUGGAGAAGGCGUGCGGCGAAGAGUGGGGCAGUUCCGAGAUCGCCAUCACCACCAAGUACCGGAGACGGCUUCAGCAUUGGAAAGUCGGAGACUGGUGGGUUGGGAGUUGGGGCUGGUGGGCAGAUGACAGCGGCACAAAGAAUGAUGGCUAAGAUGGGUUGGAAAGAGGGGCAAGGGCUCGGGAAGCAGGAACAAGGGAUUACCACCCCUCUGAUGGCAAAAAAGACGGACUUGCGUGCUGGAGUAAUUGUGAACGCUAAUGAUACGAAAUCAGAGAAGAAGGUGAAGAGUGUCAACAUCAACGGGCUACCCACUCGGGUUCUCAUGCUCAGAAACAUGGUGGGUCCUGGUGAGGUGGAUGAUGAGCUAGAGGAGGAAGUAGGAUCAGAGUGUGCGAAGUAUGGGACAGUAACACGGGUUCUAAUAUUUGAGAUUACAGAACCCAAUUUUCCAGUGGACGAGGCUGUUCGUAUUUUUGUGCAGUUUGAAAGAUCAGAAGAAACGACGAAGGCUUUGGUUGAUCUUGAUGGUCGGUACUUUGGUGGAAGGGUAGUUCGAGCUACAUUUUAUGAUGAGGAAAGGUUCGGUAAGAAUGAAUUAGCUCCAAUGCCCGGUGAAGUCCCUGGAUUUACAUGAAACCCAAGAAUUGAAGAACGCGAGACAUUCUCAUUCUGCAGUGAUGAAGCUAUGAUCAAUUUGGAUUGGAUUGUGCAUUAACUUUCCUGUUGUCAAGAGAUUUGCCCACGAUGUCGUUGACUGAAUGAAGCCCAGGAAUGGAAUUGUUGAACUGAUCUUAUUAGCUAGUGCAGAUUGUUCUAGUCAAAUAGCUACAAAGAAGCAUAUUUACCUGCUCCUGUUAAUUGAAUACAAGAUUCUAAUUUCUAUGGCAUUUGGUCAAAAAUUGGGUCUCUUUGCAGGCAUUAUGAGAAUCUCUUGUUUAUCUUGGGACUUGACUGAAGGAAGUAUUAUGCACAUGGUAAAGAGAAAAACCAUCCAAGAUAAACCUUUGGCGAGUUCCAUUUUUGUUGAUUUUCAGAUCGUUAAGUAAAAUUUUGUAGUGUUCAAGCGUCUGUGUCUUAAUAAAAGCCUGGCAAGUUUAUCUUGUUUGCUUUCU